AACAAGCAGAAUCAGCUUCAGCUUUCCCUUUUGGAAACACUGAGCAUCAGCCAGCGCAACCAUGAAGGUCACUUUCUUUGAGGACAGGAACUUCCAGGGUCGCUCUUAUGACUGUAUGGGUGACUGUGCUGACAUGCACUCCUACAUGAGCCGCUGUCACUCUUGCAGAGUGGAGAGCGGCUGCUGGAUGAUGUAUGAUCAGCCAAACUACAUGGGAAGUGGAUAUUUCUUCAGGAGGGGAGAGUAUGCUGAUUACAUGUCUAUGUUUGGAAUGAACAACUGCAUCAGGUCCUGCCGUAUGAUCCCCAUGUACAGGGGAUCCUACAGAAUGAGGAUCUACGAGAGGGAGAACUUUGGAGGUCAGAUGUACGAGAUGAUGGAUGACUGUGACAACAUCAUGGACCGUUACCGCAUGUCUCACUGCCAGUCCUGCCAUGUGAUGGACGGCCACUGGCUCUUUUAUGACCAGCCCCACUACAGAGGCAGGAUGUGGCACUUUGGACCUGGACAGUACAGGAACUUCAGCAACUAUGGUGGCAUGAGAUUCAUGAGCAUGAGGCGUAUCAUGGACUCUUGGUACUAAUGAUCUGGAAACUUAAUAAAAUAAAUAUUUUUUUAAAUUAAA